AUGAGAGUUAAGAAGCCUACAUCCAAGAGAUCCACCACCCGUAUGAGGGAAGGGAUUAAGAAGAAGGCUGCAGCACAGAAUAGAAAAAAUAGAAAAAUUGCAAAGAAAGAUGUCACCUGGAAAUCAAGAAAUAAGAAGGACCCAGGUAUUCCAUCUAGUUUCCCUUACAAAGACAAGAUUAUUGUUGAAUUAGAGGAAAACAGAAGAAUUGAAAAGGAAAAGAGAGAGACAUUGAAAGCUCAAAGGCAAAAGGAAAAGGCUGAAGCGUUAGCCAGAGGAGAGAACAUUGACGAUAGAAUGAGCGAUGAUGAAGAUGCAGAAGACUCUGAGAAUGAAGGUGGAUUAGGUGCCUUGCUUGAAUCUGCCCAAAGAGCCGCUAAGGAAUACAACAAUGAGGGUGAGGAUGACGACGAGGAGGAUAUGGAUGAAGACGAUGAAGAAGCUGUUGAGUAUGACAUUGGUGUUGAUGAUGAUGAUGAUGAAGAUAACUCAGAGUUGGAUAAGUCCCGUAAGGCUUACGAUAAGAUCUUCAAAACCGUGGUAGACCAUGCUGAUGUCAUUUUAUACGUCUUGGAUGCCAGAGACCCAGAGCUGACUCGUUCUAGAAAGGUGGAACAAGCAGUCUUGCAGAACCCUGGUAAGAGAUUGAUUUUGGUGUUGAACAAGGUUGAUUUGAUCCCUACCGACGUCUUGAACCAGUGGCUUAACGUCUUGAAGUCUUCCUUCCCAACUGUCCCAGUCAAGGCUCUUCCAGGCUCUUCUGGCUCCAACUUGUUCAACAAGAACUUAUCUUCCACAAUGACAGCUAACUCUUUGUUGCAAGCAUUGAAGAGUUUCGCCAACAAGUCCAACUUGAAGAGAUCAUUAAUUGUCGGUGUCAUCGGAUACCCUAACGUUGGUAAGUCGUCCAUCAUCAAUGCUUUAACAAAUAGACACGGUAACAAGGGUGUCGUUUCAUGUCCGGUAGGGAACCAAGCCGGUGUGACCACUGCUAUGAGAGAAGUUAAAAUCGACAACAAGUUGAAGAUCUUGGAUUCCCCGGGUAUAGUAUUCCCAGACGAAAUCAUGAACACAAAGAAGACCUCUAGGGCUCAACAAGAAGCCAAGUUGGCCUUGUUAUCGGCCUUGCCACCAAAGCAAAUAAUAGACCCACUCCCAGCUGUGCAAUUACUUUUGAAGAAGUUAUCCAAGGACACCACCAUGGCAGACGGAUUAAAGAAAUUCUACCAAUUACCUGCAUUACCAUCCCAAGAUCUUAACGAGUUUACCAAGCAAUUUUUAAUCUAUGUUGCCAGAAGUAGAGGAAGAUUGGGUAAGGGUGGUAUUCCAAACUUGGAAUCUGCUGCAUUAGCCGUCUUAACUGAUUGGAGAGAUGGUAGAAUCAUCGGAUGGACUUUACCAAAGGCUUCCAGAAGCACUAGUGGUGCUACAACUGUCGAUGAGGCUAAUGUAGAUGGACCUAAGAGUUCAUUAAGAGGAGAUAAAGAACCACCAAAGCAAGAGCAAACCACCAUUGUAACUGAAUGGGCCAAAGAAUUUGACUUAGAAGGAUUAUUGGGUGACAACUUUGGAUUGGAAGCAUGA